GGCAGAAGCGCAAGCCGGCCUCCGGGGGUUUGCGGCCGAGCAGGGCGGGGCUUGGGGAGCGGCCGCGGCGGGAAAAGCUAAGGCGGCCAUGGCGGCGGAGCAGCUGGAGAUGGAGAUGCGGAUGCGCGACGGGCUCCGCAAACUGCUGGCCGCCAGCACCAGCCGGGACCAAGCCCUGCGCGCCGCCAAGGCGCUGGCCCUCUGCCACGGACGCCUGCGGGGCCUCCGCGCCCAUCUCCGGCGGCCGAGCGAGGAGGAGGAGGAGGCGGCGGCGGCGGCGGCGGCGGCGGCGGCGGAGGGACGAGGUUCAGAUGUUGCAGCUAAAGAUCGUGCAGCCUGUAGAGGGAAGGUUGGCAUUUCAGAUCUACGAAUUCCGUUGAUGUGGAAAAACUCCGAUCAUUUCAACAGCAAAGACAGAACUGAACGCUACUCGGUUUUUUGCUUAUUCAAAAUGGGAGCUCAGGUGUAUGAUUCAGACCUGCUCAUUGUGGAUAAGGCAGACACGGACAUCUGUUUAGAAAAUACAACGAUAUUCGAGGGAGCUGGGCCAGACUUCCAGCUGAAGGUAGAGGUGUACAGUUGCUGCUGCGGGGAAGACCCCUUGACCCUUACCAACACCCCCAGGAAGCUGGUGAAGAAAUUGAAGACUUCCCUGGGAAAAAGCGCCGGGAAGAAAUUCAGCUCUGCUUUGGACCAAAAGGACCUUGAGACACUCCUACUCACUGAAACAGCCACACAUGGUGUGAAAUACAGCUUGCUGGCCUCUGCCUCUCUGAGCUUGGAGAACGCCAAGGACGGCUUCAACGCCCACAGCCUUACACUCCUGGGAAACGAGGAUUCUCCUUCUUGGCUUCCGCUCUAUGGCACCAUCUGUUGCCGCCUGGUUGCUCAGCCGGACUGCAUGACCCAUGAUGCCAUGACUGGAUUUCUUAAUGAACAGCCAUCGGGAGGUGUCCCGGGGGAAUCCUGGAGGCGGCGAUACUGUGUGCUGAGAGGGGGCCAGUUGCUCUGUUUCUCUGCCCCCGAAGAAAGAGAGGCCGACGCGGAGCCUGCCUUGUUGGUUCCCAUCAACCGGGAAACUCACAUUCGUCCUGUGGAUAAAGGAGCUGGGGAAAAGGCCAACCUUUUCUCCAUCAUCAACCCUGAGCCUGGCGAGGCCACAGCUCGGACUUUCCAAGCAGAAAACCGCCAAGAUCUUUGCAAGUGGAUGGAAGCUUUCUCGCAGCACUUUUUUGAUUUCAGUCAGUGGAAGCACUGCUGUGAAGAGUUCAUGAGGAUGGAGACACGGUCCCCUCAAAAGCCACCCCUGUUCUUGGCCAAAGAAGCCACUUCGGUUUACCAAGAGCUGAGCAUUGAUUCACCAGUGAAGCCUUUAGUUGCGACAGCUCAGCAUGAGGAGGAAGAGGAGGAAAGCAGAGUGGCCUUGUUCGUUGGCUUGGAUGAGGCGGACAUGUCCGGUGGUUCUUCUCUGAAGCAGAGUGAGAGCAUCCCCCAAGGAAGCCGCGACUCCGAGGGGACAAGCAAAGGAAGGGAGCCGCCUUCCAGGCCCUGAUCUGGCUCUCCACAGCCCUGUGCCCAGAGGGAGGCCUCCAAACCACAGCUUCUGGCAUGCUGGCACAGCUCCUGUGCCUUCCUCCCUCCCUCCCCCCUCUUUCCCUCCCGAUUAUCUCCCCCCUCACUUUCCA